CACCAUGGCGGGGUGAUCUCAGUUUGUCUCUCACUAGCUGUCAUGUCACGAUGCGGCGGCGAGGAAGUCGUGUUUCUUGAUGAAUUAUUUGGUAUUUUUUGGUUUGUUUAGGGACUUUGGAAGGGAGUUACGGCAGUAUAGAUGAAAACCAGUUUCAAGGACUUAGAUGUAUGCAAAGAAGAGGUAUUCUUUGAUAUUUUUGAUCAGUUUGCUGUGCGGCAGUGUUUUAAUCGUGUACAGAAAAACUUCUCCUUCGUGGCGUCGGUCUGCAAGGCCAAGUUUUCGACCCAACGGCGGACUUCAGCUUCAACAGCAAAGGCUAUGUUUCUUAGACAAAAUAGAUGAAUUAAGUUUGCGAGACCAUGUUGGUUUUCGCCCUGAACGUGCAACAGUGCGGGCUAGAAAAUGCACUAUGGAAACAUGUUUUGAUAGGACGAAAUGUCUGAAUGACUUUAAAGUUUAUGUUUAUCCUAUUCAAGCCGGAGAGAAGAUUUCUCCUUUGUUCGGCAAAUUGUUAAAGGUACUUCGAGAGAGCAAAUUCUACACAGAUGACCCGAAAAAGGCUUGUUUAUUUAUACCUUCUGUCGAUACGUUGGACCGCGAUAAUCUGAGCGAGGAUUAUGUGCACGAUUUGCCUCCCAAGGUGUCGUCUUUGCCGCAUUGGAAUGGUGGAGAAAACCACGUUAUAUUUAAUCUUUUCUCUGGAACUUGGCCUGACUAUUCUGAAGACUUUCGCCUCGAUACUGGUAAAGCGAUAUUAGCGAAAGCAUCUCUCUCCACGGAGUUUUAUAGACCCGGCUUUGACGUUAGUUUUCCACUGUUUCUGAAAAGUCAUCCUCAAAAAGGCAAUGCUGUUGAUGCUCCUUCGAGCUGUGCUGUGUUUCCUCUGAAUAGGAACUAUAAACUUGCCUUCAAGGGCAAACGUUACCUUAGUGGUAUAGGAAGCGAGUCUAGGAACUCAUUUUACCAUAUUCACAACGGAAACGACAUUGUGCUUUUGACAACCUGCAAACAUGGAAAGAACUGGAGGAAGUACAUGGACCAGCGAUGCGAGAAAGACAACGAGGAAUAUGACAAAUAUGAUUAUGAUGAGCUUUUAAAAAAUGCAACAUUUUGUUUGACUCCUCGCGGAAGACGUCUUGGCUCAUAUCGUUUUUUGGAGUCCCUCCAGGCUGGCUGUAUUCCAGUGUUGCUAAGCAAUGGCUGGGAGCUGCCUUUUUCUGAGGUGAUAGAUUGGAGCAAGGCUCUGAUUCAGGGAGACGAACGUCUUUUGACUGAACUUCCGUCUGUUGUGAAAUCCUUCAGUCAGGAACAAAUCCUGGCUAUGAAGCAACAAGCUCUGUUUCUUUAUGAGGCGUAUUUGUCAUCUGUAGAGAAGAUCUUGCUCACUACAUUAGAGGUGAGGAACAGUUUGACCGCUAUUUGCUGUUUAUUGGGGACCACUGAAAAUGUCCAUGUAAAGUGGAAUUCACUAUCAGAGAAACUGUUCUUAACUUUGAGGUGUUCAUAUUCUACAGGUGUUUACAAAGUCAUGCUCAGCUGUAUGUUCAAAAUUGCUAGGCUCAUUUUGAUCCAUUUAUUGAGAACUGAAAUUGAAAUUUCAAUGGUGACAGGUGAACAAGGGCAUAUUUUAAUUUAUAUAUUAGAUAAAUUUAUAAAGCUAAUUUUAUUUCUGAAUCAACAUUUUAUUCUACAGAUUGUUGUAUUAUGGACAUCUGAUGCCCCUAUUGCUCACAAGAAGAGAUGGCCACUAGUCGAUGUUCCAUUGGUGGUAGUUAGACCAGAAACUAAGACAGCAAACAGUCGAUUUGUGCCAAGAACAGUGAUAGAAACCUCUGCUAUUUUAUCCUUGGAUGAGGAUAUCAAACUUAAUUCUGAUGAGAUUGAUUUUGCCUUUUCAGCAUGGAGGCAGUUUCCUGACCGCAUUGUAGGUUUUCCCGCAAGAGACCACUACUGGGACAGUGGUAAAUCACAGUGGUUUUAUUCAUCAACAUGGAGUAAUUAUUUCUCCAUGAUCCUAACAAGUGGAGCAUUUUAUCACAGAUUUUACAAUUUCCACUACACUCACAAUCUUCCACCGAGGGUUCAUCGCAUGGUUGAACAUUAUGGCACCUGCGAGGAUUUGGCCAUGAACUUCCUUGUUGCAGACAUCACAAGAAAACCUCCAAUCAAAAUCUUGCCUCAAAGAUCAUUUCAAGACCUGUUCAACAGGAAUACAAGGUAUUCAAGACUAGUACAGCUUUUUGAAAUGCGACAAAGAUGCAUGGAGUCUUUGGUAGAUAUUUUUGGAUAUAUGCCAUUGGUAAAAUCCCAGAUCAGAAUGGACCCGCUGUUGCACAAGGAUCCUGUGUCAAAUCUACGCAAACAGUAUAGGUUACUAGAAUAAUUAAGUACAAGCAAUAAUGCAGGGUUCUUACAAAAUUUUGAGAGUAUGGAUUAAAGUGCAACUUCUUGAACCGGGCCACUUGGAAAA